UCAGGGCCGGCUCAAGUAUCUUUGUACGAUUUAUUCUAAAAUGCCUGCUCAAUCAGAGAUUGUGAAAUCCUUUAUUCAAAAGUUAAAUGAUAAUAAAGAUGACUCCAGUGCGGUUUCAGCAAUUGUAGUUUUAAUGGAGUUUUUGCUCAAGUGUGAAGCUUCUACUUUUAUGGAGACGAAACACCAAUUAAAUUGCAAAGCAGAAGAAUUAAUAGGCUACGCUUCUAACCAGCACUUGUCUACGGCUUCUGGAUGCCAACUUUUUUUAACAUUUGUUUCUGAUUUCGAUAAAGAUCAUUUGUCAGUGGAUGUUAAUGAUUGGAAAAACGAGAUUAUAGAAAGGGGGAAAACUUUUGUGGAGAAUGUAAAAAGUAGUAGGCAAAAGGCUGUUCAAGUGGGAGAAAGAUUUAUAACUGACGGAGCGACAAUAUUAACACACGGAUACUCACGAACCGUAAAAACUCUUCUUCUGAAGGCUGCCCAGAAAAAAAAAUUCAAAGUCAUUGUUACUGAAGGAAGACCCGAAUGUUUGGGUUAUCGCUACGCAGAAGAACUUUCGCUUCACGAGAUUCCAGUGACAAUCAUUUUGGACAGCGCCGUCGGGAGGAUAAUGGAACGCGUGGACUUCGUUAUCGUCGGUGCUGAAAAUGUUACGGAAAACGGCGGAGUCAUUAAUAAACUCGGGACUUACCCGCUUGCGCUGACUGCCGUAGCAGCGCACAAGCCAGUUUAUGGGAUUGUCGAAAGCUUCAAGUUUGCGAGGCUGUAUCCUCUCCGGCAAGACGAUCUUCCUCCUUCACAAGACGAAACCGUAAACUUUUCUUCUGUGCCCCCAAACAAAAAUACCGCAACAAAAGAUUUGGUAAAGUUUUUCAAUCCUCUUUUCGACUUCACUCCACCUAGUUAUAUUCAGCUCCUCUUCACCGAUCUCGGCGUGCUGACGCCCUCCGCCGUCAGUGAUGAACUAAUCAAACUUUGUCCGAAUUAA